AUAACAAAGCGGGUCGGUGAAUCAAUUACGUCAUAUUUGUCAAUUUCGAAGAAACAGCGUUAUGCGUCUCAUAAAGCCAACACAGCCAACACAUUCAAAAAAGACGGCGGGAAGGAAUCCAAGCUGAAAAAGGGGCACUUUACGAAAGAUGAAGAAGAAGUAGCUGAAACCUUGUAUGCUUUAGCCACUAUGUUUUCUGAUACAAAUAAAGCUAAUCGGCCAGUGUCCAGUGAUGAUCCAACUAACUCGAAAUUGUUGAAUGGCGAAGAUGCAGAUGCAGUUGAAGAUACUCCGAAUUUGUCUGGUUCGAAAGGAAAACUUGUCGAAUUACAAUCUUUCAAAGAGGCUAAAAUGCCAGAGUUUUCGUCUAGCAAGCAGACUUCAAGACCGCAAGUAUCGAGUGAAAAAUUAAUUGACCACGGACAGGCUACAGUUUCUGGACUUCAGUAUGGCAAGAAAUAUGGCAAAUGUUCAUUUCAGUCACCAACAAGAACUCGAAGUUGGAACACAAAUGGAUCUUCCUUGCGAGUCCCCAUCUGGCUUGAGAGCACAAAUAGUGAAAAGUGUACCCGAAACACAGUUCAAUCUGAAAAGUCAUGGAAAAGAUCUUCUGCACAUGUCUACAUUAGCCGUCUGAUUAAAGUCUUGCAAAUAUCGGAGAAUAGAGAAGGUUCACUCGCAAAUUUUACUAAUUUAUCGACCUCUGGAGGGGCCCACCACGUGACGGGAUUGAACGGUAGAAUGAAUGAUGUGGGGCCCACCAACAAGGAGCUAGCCAAAAUCGAACACGAUGAUUUUUUGAAUAAUAAGAUGUUUAUAAAAGAUCGGCAGCUGGCUGGAGAAACUUCUGCCUUAUGUUCUUCUGCUAAAGAGGAUUUCCACUUUUUAUCAUUGGGCACGACUUCUUAUUCAGAUGUAAACAAAGAACACGUUCACGAGGCUCAUAAACAAUUUCAUGCACCACCAUAUGUGCAGCAAUCACAAAAGUAUUCGGGUUUAACAACACAACAGGUACAACUCCCUCAAUAUCUUAGCAGUAGCAGCACAGUUAACGGCAGUUUCCCGGGCCCAAUGGGCUGGCCCGCCCAGUAUAAUAGCGGAGGAGUGGGGCCCGUGAACUUACCUGACUGGAAAAAUGGAAACACGGGCUCGCCUUUGAACUGUGCUCAAGCUCUUUUCCCUCAUUUGCUAGGCUCAAAUCAACAACAAUUCUCACCUCAACCACACACACAGCAGCAUAUUGUGAUGUCUGCUAUCAGCUCAUCUUUGCCCCUUCCUAAAGUAAAGAUUAAUCGUCAUCAUCAUCAACACUACCAACACCAUAAUCGUCAAUUCCCUUUGAGAAUUUUCGUAAGAGAUAAGGUCCCCUUAUAUUCCGAUAAUGUACAGAAGUUGCAACUUCCAUGAUUAAUGGCUGUGGGGUAAAUUAUUAUGUAUGCAACGGUUGAUUAGCCCCAUUUUGCACAAAUGAUCGAAAAUGAAAAGCAUCUUGUGGUGUAACCUGUUAUUUGUGGCUUGAAUGUUUGGAUACCUUGAUUGAGAAUUAAAAGCAUCUCUGUUUUGAAAGUUA